AUGGGAUUGGAUGAUGCAAUUUACGGGACUGUUCGAUCAAAUCUUCUUGUAACAGAUCCACUGCCCAAUCUCAAUAGGGUAUACUCAACAAUGAUUCAAGAAGAAAGGGUGAGAAUGAUGACUAGAACCACAGAAGAAAGAAAAGAAGUGAUAAGCUUAGCUAUUCAAACAAACGGACGUGCAGUCAAAGGAAGAUGGGAUGGAAAAUACAAGUUUAUGUCUUGUACACAUUGUCAUCGAGCAGGACAUGACGCAGGAAGUUGUUUUCAACUUGUUGGUUAUCCCGAGUGGUGGGGAGACAGGCCAAAAAAUGAAGGGAAAAGUGGUGGACGAGGCAAGUCACUGCAGCAAGCAGGAACUGGACGAGGAAGAGGAGGAAUUGUGCGUGCAACUGUGAAUGUUGUACACACGGGUGGAACAAGUGCAGAAACUGGGGUUUCACACGAAGAUGGUUUUGGCUUGGCUGGAAUCAGUGCAGAACAAUUGCUAUCGUUGAUAGGAUUUUUAAAUGUUCAUAAAGCAAACUCCAAUGACAAGAUGAUAGGUGAGUGCGAUAUGAAUACAUGGAUAAUUGACACAGGUUGUUCUAACCACAUGACUGGAAACUUGAAUCGUAUGCGAGAACUAAGAGAUAUUCAAAGUUGUUCGGUUGGCCUACCUAAUGGAGAACAUGCUUCAGCAAUCAAAGAAGGAAGUAUAGUGUUGGAAGGAGGGUUAAAACUUGAUAAUGUUCUCUUUGUGCCAAAAUUGAAAUGCAACUUGAUAUCUGUUUCACAAAUGAUGAAUGAAUUAAAAUGUGUCAUUCAAUUCACUGAUAAGUUAUGUGUUGUGCAGGACCGUACUUCAAGGACGCUGAUUGGAGCGGUCGAUGAUUAUUCAUGUGUUGUAUGGGUAUAUUUGUUGACUGAUAAACGAGAAGUCUCGACAAUGCUUCAUAAUUUUUUGGCUUUAGUUGAGAGGCAAUUCAAUAAACAAGUAAAAAUAUUUAGAAGUGAUAAUUGGACGGAAUUCAUAUGCAUGAGAAAGUAUUUUCUUGACCAUGGUAUAAUUUUUCAAACAUCUUGUACCGGAACACCCCAACAAAAUGGGAGAGUAGAACGAAAACAUAGACAUAUUUUGAAUGUGGCACGGGCAUUGCGGUUUCAAGGUAAUCUCCCAAUUAAGUUUUGGGGAGAAUUCAUUUUAACCGCGGGAUAUCUAAUUAACCGAACUCCUUCCACUAUUCUGAACGGAAAAACCCCUUAUGAAAUGCUUCAUGGACAGCAACUUGAAUAUGAACAUUUGAAAAUAAUAGGCUCCCUAUGUUAUGCUCAUAAUCAAAGAAGAGAUGGUGAUAAAUUUGCAAGUAGAAGUAAGAAGUGUAUGUUUAUUGGAUAUCCAUAUGGAAAGAAAGGAUGGAAACUGUUUGAUUCAGAAACAGAAAACAUUUUUGUGUCCCGAGAUGUUGAAUUCAUUGAAACUGAAUUUCCUUUUGUUGUAGCUACUACUUUAAGAAAAGAUGAUCUUCCUAAUAAUUGGAAUUUUGCAGAAUCUGUUCAUGAUGCAAUUGAUGAUAUAGAUGAAAUAGAUCACACACUUAGCAUCCAAAGAAGUAAUGAUAUGGGAGUGGAGAAUAUAAGGAGUGUGUUGGAUGUGGGGAUUGAGGCAGGUACUUCACAGUAUACAAACAUAGAUGAAACAAUGCUCUCAUCCACUACAUCCACCACAUCAACAAAUGAGAAGGUUGAUGACUAA